CAAUAAAGACCAAACUCCAAAUUUGAAGCCCUAGUCCCCGGAGUAUAACCUCUCCCCAAAACUUAAAUAGAAAAUUAGGAAUUAGGAUUAGGGUUUAGAUCUUCGAAUAUUCCUCUCACUAUACGUAAAUUUAUCUAAUCCACCUUACUGUAAUUCUAGGAAAAAUGCAUUAAAGAUUGAGAUGGGCAAGGAAGAGGUGGUGGUGAAAGAAUCAAGAGCAGAAGAAGUUUCGUCUUCCGAGGAAGAAGAAGGAAUGGUGAAAACUCCAAUCAAAGAAGCGAGUACUGACGACGAUGAAGAGGCAAGUGUAGACCUCAGUUUGAAAAUCGUUCAAAGAGCCAUGCUACGAGCAUGUAAUGGAGAUCCCCAAAAAGACGGGGUUUCCGACAUUGUUACGAAUUUAAAGGACAAGAAAAAGAAAAAGGAAAAAAAGGAGAAGAAAAAGAAGAGCAAGGAAACGGAAGCCCCUCCAGAAGAUGCUGAUUCAGGUGAAUUAGAUGCGGGUUUCAAAAACUUUUGCGGCGAAUUGUUCCUGGAGGAAAAUGCAAAGGAUGAAGAGAAGUCUGAGACUUACAAAGCUACUGAGAUUGCUUAUAAAGCAGUUGAAGUGAAUCCUGUUGAGAUGCCAGAUAAUGCUGUCCUCAGGAAGCUUCUCCGGGGGCCUAGGUACUUUGAUCCUCCGGACAGUUGGGGAACAUGCUAUAAUUGUGGUGAAGAGGGUCAUACCAUUGUCAACUGUACUUCAGCAAAGCGCAAGAAGCCUUGCUUUGUUUGUGGGAGUUUAGAACAUAAUGCCAAGCAAUGUUCCAAGGGACAAGAUUGCUUCAUCUGCAAACAACAGGGUCAUCGUGCAAAAGAUUGCCCUGAGAAAAGCAGAGUGGAGCCACGAAGUUCUAAGAUAUGUUUAAAAUGUGGAGAGUCUGGACAUGAUAUGUUUGCAUGCAGGAACGACUAUUCUCAUGAUGACCUCAAGGAAAUGCAGUGUUACAUUUGCCAAAAGUUUGGUCAUCUGUGUUGUGUAAACUAUACUGAUCCCACACCAAGAGAGCUCUCCUGUUAUCGAUGUGGUCUCUUGGGCCAUACUGGUUUGGCUUGUACAGGGUCCCGUGGGGAUACAACUACUGGAUCAAGUAAUUCCUGCUACAGGUGUGGGGAAGUGGGGCAUUCUGCUCGUGAAUGCACCUUCAAGGCUGUCAAGAGAAAUCGUGAAUUAUCAACCCCCAAGCAGAAACCUUCCAAGAAAAAUAAAGAUCACAAGGAACAUAAUUCCGCGCCUCUUGAUCUUGGCAAGAGUUAUAAAAGAACUCAAUAUGGAGGAUACACAUCAGCUUCAAGAGCAAAACACAGAGGUGGUUGGAUCACUGAAGAUCCUGGAGAUUAUCAUAGCAAUAGAUUUGAAGACAAUAAUUGGAGAUCUCCUGCAACACCAAGUAGCAAAAGAGCAAAAAAAUUUAAUUCAACUGGUGAUAGUGCUUCAAGUUCUCAUUCUUCAAAAAAGCCCCGUAAGCUUCAUUUUAGUAAUUCAGCCUCAAAUGGGUCAGCCAAGUUUUAUCAGCAGCCGAGGUUUUCUGGCUCACGUUUUGGCAACAACAGUUAUGAUGGGACGAGAAGAGAUUAUGGUUGGUGAUGGGUAAGUGUGUUUUCCUUAUGCUGGUUGUCUAGGCAUUUGCUGCGUCUGGACAUAUAUCUGGAGAAGACUAUGCAACUAUUCUUUGCCUUCUGGGAGAUCAUAUCCUAUGGAUUCUUUAGGUGGCUAAAUAGAAAGUCAAAACGUCAAACUCGGCCUGUGCUUCAAUUGGAUAUCAAGGAAAUUUCUCAACUUAAAUAUAAACCUAACUCAACAUUGGCCUUAUAUUCUUCCCUCAAUUAUUUUCCCGUGUUUUAUUGUAUAAUAUUUCUCCCUGCAAUGAGCCUUUUUUUUUCCCGCCAACACGGCUGUAACUGUAAUGUCGUUUUAACAGAUUUCUAUAAUAUUUAUUCAACUUUUUCCCAUA